AUGGAGGGCCACACGGAGUACGAGUUCAAGGACAACCUAAUCAUAAAUAUAAUUCGGACGAACGAUGUGAAGAGGCGCUUCUACAGCUACACGGAGUAUGUGCUUGAGUUCAAAGCGCUGAACAGCCAAAAAGUGCUAAAGAAGAGAUUUUCGGAUUUUGUGACUUUUUACGAUCAGCUGAAAAAUGAAUUGCUGGACAAGUUUAGCGAAUAUCUGGAGAAGAUCUCCGUUUUGCCUGCGAAGAAGAUGUUUGGCCGAAUGAACUACAACUUUGUGGAGGAGAGGAGACACCAGCUGGAGCUGUUCCUGAAGCGCAUUUCAAACCACAAAAACGUCUACCUGUGCGAUCGGUUCUACGACUUCCUCUGUCUGGAUAAUACUACGAAAUGCCUGUUCAAGUUGAUGUGCACGGAGUUGACUGACCUGGUUAACCUGCAAAAGUUACUGAAGAAAAUCAACUACAUAUUAUUCUUAUCGAGGAGCAAUACGCUGAAGAGUGCCGAGUGCGACAUUAUAAACUUCCUCUUCCAUCUGAAAAGGAAUCUCCAGCUGAACAACGAAAUAAAAUUUUUUAUUCUGAACAUUUUUCUGCACCACUUGACUUAUACGAAGACCCCCGAGAAUCUGCUGAACGUCCCUCUGAUGAAGUUUGCCUUCGAGAUCAUCUACGACAAUUUGUGUGGUGACAACAUCAAUGAGGUGCUGCUGAAGACGGCCUCCGAAACGAUCCUACGAAUAGUGGAUAAGAAGAACGACGUCUUCCUAGAAUACCUACAGGUAUACAACUUCAAGGAAAUAUUUUCCAUUUUUAAUGCACUGAGCAGGAGGAAGAGAAAGAAGGAGAGUAAAACGUAUAACAAAACGGGUAGCAAAACGGAUAACAAAACGGAUAGCAUCACCUUCAACGUCUACAUACUGAUGUCGCUUCUACUUCUGUCAUCCAUCCAUUUGAAUGCUAUACAAAAUUACUUCUCUGUGAAAAAUAAGUCCAACAAGGGGAUAGUUAUUCUGGGAUUUAUGUAUGAGAGUCAGAAUAUUAACGUGCAGGUGAUUUGUUGCAUCAUCCUUUCACUCCUUCUAAUGAACGACAAAAUCAACGACGAGGAGGUCGUGCAGAAGACCAAGAUGUCGAUCCUGCUAAUACAGAAGGAGAUACAAAAUCUGAAGGACGUGGAUUAUCAGCUCAUUGAAAUAAUUUGUAGUAAGAAGAAUAUUAGUUUGCUGAACAGCAUUCUGGUGGCCCUGUUGAGGGGUAAGAGCAUGGUCAGGGAGAUUGGCUUGGGGGAGGGUGAAAAGGAAACGGGCAUCCACGAUGGUGUUGCUGGUGUUGGUAGUGAUGACCAUGUUGGUGCUGAUAACCAUGUUGGUGUUGUUGGUGGGGCCACCCCCCGUGGAAGCUUCAACACGGAGGAAAGUCCCUUCGAGAAAGACCCCUUCUACGAGGAAAAGGUAAAGCACGCCGAUUUCACAAACAACGACAUCAUCCUACAGUUCAUUCUUUUCAUUAUAAACAUUGGCGUCAGUGAGUUUUUUCUCCUAAAGAGGAACUACAAGGACAGGAUGAAGAUGAAGGGAUUGAAGUUAAGGCUGAAGAAGAGGCAACUGAAGGAGGAGAGACUACGCAGGAGGAGGGAGAAGAAGGAACGGGCCAUGCUCAUGCUUAAGGAUGAAGGGAAUACUGCAAAGAGACGACUACAGGGUGAUACUACCACGAAGGAUACGGACCCUUCCUACCAGAGGGAGGAACAGAGGAAAGACACACAGAGGGUUUACAACUACAACUACAACUGCAAUUACGAUAUUGAAAGCGUAGAUGAGGAUUGUGUAUAUAAGAGGGAGUACGCCCCGUAUGAUUAUCCGGAAGGGGGGGAUUCAGCACCAAUGAAAGGGAGAGCACAAAGCGGAAGAAGAGGUUCCCACACGGGGAGGGAUGUGCACCACCAGGGAGGCACUGACGGGGUGAGUGACGAACAGGAAUUCAGUGAAGAAGGCGAUCUGGGCGUAGAGGGGGAUGACGAAACGGAUGACACGAAUGACACGGAUGGAACGGAUUUCUCAGGUAGUGAUGAUUACACGGACGAUACGAUCGGUGGUGAGGGGGACGACGCAGGGCAUCGGUCAGCACCGGAGCGUGGGCAGGUGAAACGGGGCCCCGCUCAGAAGGGCGAAACGGAAGACACGGCUUCCACGGCGAGUUCCUGCAUCUCAUCGUUGUAUUCGUUUUCGAGCGAUUGUACUAGUGGUGGUGAGGAGGGUAGCGUGGGUGAGAACCGCGUUGGUGCAGAGGACCGAUCACCACCAGUCGAUAUUGGCAUGAGUGCCGUGAGGGACGUGACGUAUGAAGACGAAUUCAGCGUGGAUUCAGGAAGCAUCAAGGAUGAGAUGGAGUACCUGGAGGGGGAACAUAGUAGGAAGGAUGUCCAGGGGAAGAGCAGAUGUAGUAAUAGCGUGGGUGUGAAAAGGGACAAACAGGGCCCUGUCACAUAUGGAAAGCAAGCACAGAUGCAGGUACAAGGAGAUAAGAUGAAAGAAGAACCCGCCGCAACGAAGGAGUCCAACUACGUGGAAGCCAUAAAGGAGGACAUUAGAGCGCUGAAGGAGGCAAGGAAAAAGUAUGUGAAAAGGAUUAGAAGAAUAAACGAGCAGAUCCUACUAAUCCUAGGAAACGAAAAUAUGGUGCAGAGCAUAUUCAAGUGUGCUAACUUGGAAAAUGAGAAAAUACGAAUGUAUGCUUGUCUGAUUUUGUCGUAUGUACCGAAUAUUAGUGAGGUGGUGGGUUGUUCGUCCGUUACCCCAGGUGGGGGGGGAGGAAGCAUUGGAGGGUACCUAAAGGGGUGCAGUGAGGACGGACUCGGUGCGAGCACCAACAGUAGUUUCCGCAUGGAAGGUGCAGCACCAACGAUCCCCCUUUCGGAGAUGCAUGUAGGAGAAUUCGCCCAGAGUGAAAAGGCAGCAACAGGAGCAGGAGGAGAGGGUAUCUGCGUGGUGGUAAGUCCAAGCAUUAUGCUAGAAAAGAAGAACAACAAGAAUUUUGUUUGUAGUGUAGAGGGGGAUUACUACAACUACAUUUUCCGUUUUGAGAUUGUCAGCACUCUAGUGAGGUACCUGUUCAGGGAGACCUCCUUCUACAACGGCAUUUUACAACACGUGAAAAAGUUCAUUGAAGAGCACAGGCAUUUGCUGAACCUGAAUCACUUUAAGAUAAAGCAGACGGAGGUGAUUAAUAUGGUCUCCUUUUUGGAUAUGCGGAGGGGAGGUGACCACACCAGCAGUAGGAAGAAGAAGCAUCGGCAGAGACGGAAGGGGCGAAGUGGAAAGGUCAUGCGGGAGGACCAAGGGAAAAAUCGGAUGAGCAGUCCGCCCAAAGUAGGGGUAACAAACGAAGGGGAUAACAGAACCCACACAGCAGCCACCGCAGUAGGUGCAUCCACUGGUGGGGACACCCUCGUGCAGUACGAAACGGAAGGAACGGAGAAGAACAACUAUCAGUGUGUUGUCUAUGAACCGUCACAGAUAUACGAUCACAUGGAUUAUGUGUUCCGGUACGUCACCAAUGUGAGGAAGCUUGGUUUACUAAACAAUCUGAUUGUCGAGCUGUAUAGUAACCUGAGGAGGAAGCUACGGAAGGUAGACCUGCAGUUCCUGUUCGAGACGCUGAAUAGGAAGAUGCAAGAGAGGGAACACCUACGGAGGGACAUUUUCCAUCUGAAGGAAAAAUACGAAUUUGUGAAUGUAACUUACAAUGAGUAUAUUAACCUGCAGUAUGAGGCGAAUAAACAAAUGGGGGUGAUGAAUAAGCUUUUGGAGGAGUUGGAAGAAAUAGAAAAGAGGAGAAGAAAAGCAGCAAAGAAUCAUAAGGUGGUACAUACCAAUGUGUGUAACUACAGGAAGAAGCUAAUCCAUGUAGAAAAAAUGAUCGAGGAGAGCCCCUCUAUAAAGAAGUGCCUCCACGAGGAAAUGAGCAACAUAAAAAGGAAUGUAGCGCUCUACAAGAAGGAUAAGAAGAAGAUUUACCUUCUGAUUCUUCUGAAUAAAUUCUGUCUGGACGACUUCAACACAGUUAGUGGUAAGUUGAAGUGUCUGAACACGUCCCUUUCAAAUUUGGAACUCCUUUCUAAUGAGUUCGAGAAGAACGGUAAUCUCAUCGUGAGUGAGUUGAGUUACCUCCUUUGCAAUGACUUACUUUUGGUGCAGUUGCUAGGGGACCUAAUUAACAUAACAGUGCACAACGAUAAUUUGCCACAUCUGAUUGCCAGAGCGAACUGUAUAAGCAGCUUCAACCGGACUUCCUUCAAUGAAAAGAAGCUGCUCAUUGUGAAUAGAGACAGGGGUGGACCUACUAGCGAUAAGAGGAACAUCCUCCACUUUGCACAAUCUAAUGAUCUGAUUGGGGAGGAGGAGGACUACGGUUACUACGAUGCACGUGACGGCAGACGCGUACCUCAUGGGGGCACACGUACCCACAGAGGUCAAAACAUGGGAAAUAUGAAUUCCUUGAAUGCGAAUUCGCUACACAGCAGUGACAGUGAGAUGGAGCAUGUAACUGCAAAGCGAUUCGACCAAAGGAAGGGGGAGAAGAUUUCCAAACAGAAUCGGGGUCGCCCUGUUGGUAGUGAUGAGGAGGACACGCUUUACCGAUAUGAGGGAAGCGAAUUGAACGGGUCGACUAGCAGGAGGAGAGGUGGUGCUCCCUACGAGGAGGAGGACCACAUGGGGGUAAUGCGUUAUGAGGAGGUGUCCCCCGUAAAUCGUGUUAAUCGGGGCGCGUCGAACCGGAUACGGGCUGAUAACUCCAGAUACAACGACCUAACCAGGGGUGAGAAUACUUACGAUGAUGAGGACGACGAUGGGGUGGAUGGAAUGACGAACGACUUCCAUGGUAUGCACUCGAUGAACAACCCAGAGAGGAGAAACCUUGUAGAAGAAGAUCAACCGAAUGGGGACGAAUUGGACGAUUUUGCAGAUACGGAAUUCGUAUCCAGUGAUGAGGAAGAUGCAGAGAUGAAGGAGAAAAUACACGAAUACAACAGUUUUAAGAAUAAGGAAGUGAAGGGAGUUCAACCGGAAGAAGUCGUCAUCGACACUGACUCCCUCACCAGGGACGUGUUCGAACAGGUGCUACAUAUAAUUAAGGCCAGGAAGAGAGAAUUAGAGAAUAUCAUGUCUAGUGAGAACAACCAGGUGUAUAAGAACAUCCAUAAGUACAACACUUUGCUGAACAAGUGCAACACACAGAUAGAGCUGCACAAGAAGCAAUACGUUAAGGUGACGCAACAGAUCGCCUCCAUCAAUAUGAACUCCAUGGUGAAGAAAUCCGAGUCCAUUUACAAGGCCAUUCGGGAAUGGGACGACAAGGUGAACCUGCUGAACGAGGAAGUCAAGCUGGUGGAGAGCGAAAAGAAGGAGAAGCAGAAGGAGAUCGCGCUGCACAAGAAGAAGCUGGACAAAAAGGAGAAGGAGAAAAACCAAAAGAAGGAAGAACUACGACUCUUAGUCACAGACAUGUAUAAGCACAACAACCAAAUAAAGAAGCGAUUCAAGCGGGAACAGAAGGUCGUCCUACUAGUGCUUUACAACUCCUGGUUCAUGUUCCACUACAUCUAUCUCAUCUACCUGAACACACUUAAACUGAAAAACUACCUAGCAUACAAACACAGCAUCAGUGAGGAGUGCCAAGCUUCUGCCAAGCAGACCAUAACAAAUAUAAGUCACUUCUCCGAGCUGCUCGACGAGAACGACUACUGA